AUUGACAUAACGCGAACAGGACAAAUAUUGAGAGCAUAAAACCCCCUUUUCGCUCUGUUAUCAUUGUCCCAACCCUUUCAAUUUCUGCACACACUCUCUCAUCUCUUAAACGCUGCUUCGUCUUCGAUUUCUCCCUCUCUGAUCGAAUCAUCAUCGGAUUUUAGCUAUGGGAAAAAGGAAGGCAAAAACAAAGCCACCUCCAAAGAAAAGAAUGGAUAAGCUUGACACUGUUUUUAGUUGUCCUUUCUGCAAUCAUGGCUCUAGUGUCGAGUGUCGCAUUGAUAUGAAGAACUUGAUAGGGGAAGCUUCUUGCGGAAUAUGUCAAGAGAGCUUUAGUACUUCCAUCACAGCUUUAUCUGAGGCAAUAGACAUAUACAGUGAAUGGAUUGAUGAAUGUGAACGGGUGAACACCGUAGAAGAUGAUGGUGCUUAGUGAUUGCAAGGAUCCACUUAUAUAGUGAUAGUAAAUGGAUAACUGUCCAACUUUAUAAUAUCUCCACCCUGUAUUUAUGUCCAUUUCUGUUGUGAGCACUAGUAUGACUAUAACCUUUAGUUUGAAUGUGGACUUGUAAUGCUUGUAGACAUGAAUAUUAUUAAAAUAAUUGUCUAUUUAGGUAAGCCACUUUGAUGGAAA